AUGUUUAUACGCAAUUUAGCAACAGCUGCUAAACCCCUUAAACCCACCUCGUCAUCGCUUUCUACUUCAAAACUCAAGAAAGAUAUUCCCUCCCUUGAAGAAUAUCUAUUCAAACAACGAGUCAAACAAGUCUAUAGAUCAGUUCUUAGGCAACUAGCUCACCAUCAUGAAAAACGAGAUCUUACUAAGUUUAUACGUGAUGAAUUUAAAGUGAAUGAGGCAGAGCGUGACUUAACAUAUAGGAAGUACUUGUUGAGCCAGGGAUUGAAUAGGAUUGGACAGAUGAGUGCUAGUCUUGGGUUGAACAUUCGUGUGUAA